GAAGAUUCGCAAAAGUGUUAAGAGUGGGUGGGUGGUCAAGUGAAACAAUAUUUAAGAAAAAUCUCCCGCUUUUCACGAAACAGUCAGAGUCUAUUGUUGUAAUUUGUUGGUUCGUUCAGCGGGUUCUCCAAAAUUUAUCCCACUUAUCCGUGUUAAAAUUGUUUCACAAUAAUAAGGACAUAAUUUUAAAUAAACCGAAAUGUCCCUGCGUCUGUCUCUGAGUUCAUCAGGAAUCAAAGGAGUACAAUUUGCAUUUGUCCAAGUGUUGAUUUUCCACAGUGCCUUAUGUGAAAUUGAAUAUAAUAAUGUUAAUCCUGAUGGGUCCUUCUCGUUCCGACAUUCCAACGACGACAUUGGAAGUUACUACCAUAGUGCGGCUGGGAAUCCAGACAACAAGAUUCGAGGUCGUUAUGGUUCGAGGAACCCGUCUAAUGGACGGGUAGAAGAAACUGUUUAUACAGCCGGACCACGUGGUUUUCGGGCAAAUGGACCACAAAUUCAUAGAAAAAUGGACCUGUCACAGAUACCUAGAGGGCCGAAAGGAAAUGCCGAUGAUCCACUUGCAGACCCCUACGAUGAUCCCACUUACAGCUUUAGUUUCAAAACGUCUGACUACAAUCGCAAUGAAGAUUCUGAUAGCAGUGGUAGAAUACGAGGUCUUUAUUCAUAUUUUGAUGAUAUUGGCGAAAGACACACUGUUCGUUAUGCAGCUGGAGCAGGAACUGGUUUUAAAGUCUUAAAUAGCGUUCCGGAUAGUCAGACUUCUGUGGCGUAUAGUGCUCCACUCUGGAAAGGUCCACCAGGUGCACGAGGAAAAAUUGCAGUCGAAAGAGGUUCCAACGGAAUGUACAAAUUUAUUGCUGCUGCUCCUGAUCAUCGAAGAUCAGAGGUUAGUGGUCCAGAUGGUAUCGUAAGGGGAUCAUACUCCUAUCUUGAUGAUAAAGGCGUUCAAAGAACUGUAGAGUAUGAAGCUGGAGCUGGCAUUGGUUAUAGAAUAGUUAAAAACAGUAUUGGUCCAGGAACCCAUAACAACGCAAUUGUUCCUUACUUACGUGCAAGUGACGAUUUUCCUAAAGAGUUCUUACAAACUUCUAGUAGUGAUUCACUUAAAUCUAAGAACAAAGACACUGCUGCUUCUUAUUCAGACAGUGAAGAAGCUAUUGAAACUUCGAAGGGAUCAAGGACAUCAAGCAAUAGUAAUGCCAAUGGAAAGUCAAAAAACCGGGGGUCUAUGAUGGGAAGUGGUUCAAAAAUCAGUGGAAAAACAACACGGCCAAACGAUGGAAACGAAGAAGACCCAUCGGAGUACGAUGGAAAUUCUUCUAGCAAAAGUUCGAACAAACUAGCAUCCGAUCAAAAUAGCAAAGGAUUAAAAUCGAAAGGAGGACGUUUUGAUUCGAAUUUUGAAAAUGACCUAAGUUCGUUGCCACCCCUGAUAACAAGUAAUCGUCGAAUUUUGGAAAUAGGUCGUGAGAAAGAUUGGAACUCUCAUAACAGAGAUUCAACUUUAAUUAAAAAUGUAGGGAAAUGGUACAUUGGACUGCCUCCAGGUCAGAGUGUAAGAGCACACGUUCAAAAUAUUGAUAUUUUGCCGAUUGGAGGACGGACACUAUCGCCAUCAGAAGCUCUGCGAAGGGACGAACUUUCAGAACUUGCAGAGAUUUAGAUAGAUAGGUAUUAAAUAUAUGUAGGUUUAAUAUUUGUGUGUAUAUUUUUGAAAUAAAUUAUGUCCUUCGAAAUGUGU